UGCCUUUGUCUCAUAUGUGAUUGGAAUCUUUUUGCUACUACAGUUCUUUGUGUUUAAAAUUGGUUUUUAGUUUUAACAAGUUUUUCGUUGUAAUUUCCAUCUUGUGAAAGUUUUGACCUAGCUUUUGCCCCUGGUUGGCUAUUGAUGUUAAUAAUCUUAAUACUUUCCCAAGUUAAUCUGUCAAAGACUUGGAAUAUCUGCAUGCCACUAACAAUGAGGUCUGCAUUGCCAAACACAGGCCUAGAAUGUUCCCCACUGUGACCAAAAAAAAAAAAAAAAUUCUCCUGUGUUUAGGACUCCAGAAGAAUCCCAGGAAGCGCCAUCCAAAUCUCUCAUGCUUUUCCACCAUGGAACUUCGCUCAGGAUUCAUUAUGAGAAAGACCAGCCCUAGAUUGCAAAUGACCAUUGCAAGAUCACAAACGAUCAUCAAACAAUCAUCGAUAGCCAUCCGUAGAUCAUUCGCAGUCAGUCCCAAGUCACAAAUGCCCAGAGAAAUGGAUCCGUCUACGAAGUUUUUUUCUAGACAACUCUUCCCUGAAGACUUUGCAGUAACAUACGUGGAGACCAAGCGCUUUUACAUGACUACAGCCAACGGAAAACACGUCAGUUUUGUUAGACAAAAUGAAGACUUAAAGAUGCACGUCAAGCACGCACCGUUUUUCAACCAGAAAGAUGAGGUCCUCAUAGAAUUCUUCAAACCGCAAGCUUCAUUCUCAUCAGGUGAGACCAUAGUAGCCUUGAGCUGUAAAUUCACCAGUAAACUCUUCCUGUUACAUGCCAAUGGCUCUGAUGUCUCUCUUAAGCUCCAAAACCAGGAAAAGAACCGGGAAAAGCAGUUUUUCAUUUUGCACCCAGAAGGCUCAGAGUAUUUCUUAUUUGAGUUUUUCUCUCAGCAAGGACAUUUUCUCUGUGCAAAGGCUCGCUUCCUUGAGCUUUGCUCAGAUAUUGAUCAUUCUAAUGAAUUCAUGUUCAAGCUCACUAACUCUGAAUCCUCUAACUCCAAAGACAUCAAGUUUGGCAGAGCAGGUGGCCAAACUGAAACCAAAUGAGAACGGGGGGAGAGAGCUACACAGUGUGAAAAGCAAGGAAAGCAUGUUUAGAUUGCUGGGGAAUUAGGUGCCCCAGUCUGACUCUUCUACUUCCUAGAUUUGUCUUCCUUGAUUUUAGAAUUCAAGAGGUCCUGCUUCUCUGAGGCUCAGAGAAAUUUGGGAUGAAAAGCACCACACCCAAAAUUUCUCUGAUCCCUCAGAAGCAGGAUUUUCUAGGGCAGGAAAGGAAUAGAAGGCAAGUCUGGUCUCUGGUUUUCCUCUGGAGUUUUGCAUUUUAGAGACUGGACUGGUUUUAAAGAGGCUUUAUUUAAAGGCCUCCUAAAUUCUAGGGGUUCCAUUCUAAAGUUGCUGCCUGACUGAAACACCAGGCUCAGAGUUUUCCCUAGUUCAGUAACACUAAAUGACAAUGGGUGAAGCUGUUUUGGUUGGGGGUGGGGAUGUCGGGAGGGCACGCGCCGGUAUUCAAGGGGUAAGACUCGUACUGGGUGAGGGGAAGUGGAAGGGAAUGGAGUUUGAAGAGGCACUAGAAUUGCCAAUUUGGGGAAAGGGGCAGACAGCAGAAUAAAGAUUUCCCAAAAAGACAGUCCGGAGCUGAGAUCUCCUCCAGAAUCAUCCCACACCUUAUGCUAACUCCUAUUCAUCACUGAAUACUGAGCAGUUACUGUGUGACAGAGCACUGAAGUAAACACUUGGGGGACUACAGUACAACAUAAACACAUUCAUUCAUAAAGAGGUAAAUUUAUUUGAGCCAUUCCCCUUUUUGGAAAGAGAUGGAGUAAGGAGCUGUUGUAUCAUACUUGCUUAAUACAGGGCUGUGCACACAGUAAGCUCUCAUUUACCAUUGAAUAGAAGGGAAAUAGCAGGGUGGGGUUCACAAAGAGGAGAUUGUAAACUCCUUGUGGGCAGGGUUGCUGUUUUAAUCCCUUCUAAUCAGUGGUAAUUAUUGAGAGAAGAUAGCAAUAGGUGCUGACUAAGACUGCUACAUAGACAAUCCCUGCUUUUUGAUGUGAGGGUGCACCACACCCUCAGCCAAAUUUCUCAACCAAAUUUUUUUCCCCACAACCAAUUCCCCAGAGGUCACUUGUCAUUGUCCAGGUAUCUCAGCUGCUAUGAAGGAUUUUUCCAUUGUUUAUCCAGGGAUAAAUUUCUCAUUUUAUGAAGUGGGGAUUAAAUACCCUUUUCCCCUCCCCCUUAGAUUGUGAGCUCCAUGUGGGAUAGGGAUGGUAUCCAGCCUGAUUAACUUGUAUUUAUCCCUGUGCUUAGUACAGUGGUUGGUUCAUAGUAACUAUUUAACAACUCCCACUAUUAUUAUUAUUAUUAUUCUAACCCAGAGAACAGAUGACUCGGGUGAUCUGCUUCAAAUUGCUUUUAAAACAGUUACAUCUGUCUCCAACUCUGAACUAGUAGAGUUGCUUCAGAAAGUUAGAUUUUAUGAGCCUCUAAGCAUCCCCCAAAUGAAUAUUUUCAACAGAAUGGUCAUUUCCAAUUGAAUCAGAGCUUUGUAUUUAUAUUGAAAUCCCAACCAGGCCCUUUUACCCUCAAGACUUCACAUAACUUUUACCAUCACAAACAGACCAGCAGUUAGUGAACCGCCCAUACAAAUAUGUACAUCCAUCAGUCAUUGAGUGACGGGUCUCAGAUUCCGGUACCUUAGAACUUUGAAAUGACUGCCAACUCUCUAGCAACUGCCUACCAUCAUCUUUUGGAGUAGAGUAAAUUUAAACCCAAUUUCCCUUUCAUCACAGUAUAGUUGCCCUAAAAGGGGAUAAUCAAAGAAACAUUUUUCCUGGGGGCAAUAUUCCAGAUUUUACUAAACCAGUGUGGAUGUUUUAUUUGUUAAACAACAGUGAAUGUUUAAUGGACAAACAUAUUUUUUAACACUUAUAAGCAGUAGCAAGAGUAUAGGUGUAGGAAGAUGUUUUUGGUCAUAUUCUGAGAAUAGUUUUACUUAGUUAUGUGGCCCCAAAAUCAAAGUAUAAUAUGUGAGGGGCUUUGUGAAAAAUAGCAAAUUUUGUAAACUUUGGAAAUAAUAUUUGUUGCACACCAUGAAAUAGAAUACGUAUAAUGCUAAAUAUAUGAAAAAAAUAAAUCUAUCAUGA